UUCUUGUUCUAGUUUAUCUUGCCCCAUCGGUCCCGACCUUUAACUUUGCGAGCAAACAGCUUAUGCUAAAGAAAAACAUUGCGUGGGCUCAGUUGGGGUGCUUAAACGCGAUCCGUCGUCCUCUCUCCAGCUGUUUUGUGCAGGCGUAGUGUAAGGGCGCGCACUUUUUCCGUGUCUGUGUGCGUUUCAGUGCUAAGAUUUAGAGAUAACCAAUUAUCGACGUUUAAUUACUAAUUCGGCUGGUGACCCCUACUAUAAUAAAUCAUUAUGUUGGAUGUGCCCAAUGAAGGAAAGGUGCGUGGCCACCAGCGAGUGCCCUCCGAUUCGAAGGAGUUCCAUGAGGUCACCAAGCGGGAUGCUCUGCGGCUGCUGGAGAACGAUGUGGACCGUCUGCUCCAGACAACAGAACAGGUGCGUCGGCCAGCCCUCCAGGCGGAGAUGGGUCGCUUUGCCGAUCUCUUUGGACGCUUCCUGCAGGAGGAGGGUCCCGCUUUGGACUGGAACAAGAUCCAGAAGCUGCCAGAAAAUGCUGUGAUGAACUAUUCGAACCUAAAGUUGCCAAAGAACGAGCAGAAUGAGAUACGCAAUAUGCUGGACAAAUUGGUGGUCAUUAAGCUGAACGGUGGCCUGGGCACUUCCAUGGGUUGUCAUGGACCCAAGAGUGUGAUUCCCGUCAGAUCUGAUUUGACGUUUUUGGAUCUGACCGUCCAGCAGAUCGAGCAUCUGAACAAGACCUACGAUGCCAAUGUGCCGCUGGUGCUGAUGAACUCCUUUAACACCGAUGAGGAUACCGAGAAGAUUGUUCGGAAAUACAAGGGCUUCCGCGUGCAGAUACACACCUUCAAUCAGAGCUGCUUUCCGCGCAUCAGUCGCGAGCAUUUUCUGCCUGUGGCCAAGGACUUUGAUGUGGAGAAGGAUAUGGAGGCUUGGUAUCCACCUGGUCAUGGCGACUUUUACGACACUUUCCGCAACUCUGGGCUGCUGAAGAAGUUCAUCGAAGAGGGACGCGAAUAUUGUUUCCUCUCCAACAUUGACAAUCUGGGCGCCACCGUGGAUUUGAAUAUACUCAAUAAGCUGGUGGGCGAGGAGCGGGCCAGCACUCCAGUGGAAUUUGUCAUGGAAGUCACUGACAAGACACGGGCUGAUGUCAAGGGUGGCACUCUCAUACAGUUCGAGAACAAGCUGCGGCUGCUGGAAAUCGCCCAAGUGCCGCCAGAGCAUGUAGAUGACUUUAAAUCGGUGAAGACCUUCAAGUUCUUCAACACCAACAACAUUUGGGCCAAUCUAGCAUCCAUCGAUCGGGUCUUGCGGGAGCGCACCUUGAGUAUGGAGAUUAUUGUGAACAACAAAACGCUAGAAACGGGUCUGCGUGUCAUUCAAUUGGAGACAGCUGUGGGUUCGGCCAUGAAGUGCUUUGAUGGCGCAAUUGGCAUCAAUGUACCUCGGUCGCGCUUCUUGCCCGUGAAGAAGUCUUCCGAUCUGCUUUUGGUCAUGUCCAAUUUGUAUACGUUGAAGAACGGCAGCCUAGUGAUGUCGCCGCAGCGCAUGUUCCCCACCACGCCACUGGUGAAGCUGGGCGAGAAUCACUUCUCCAAGGUGAAGGAGUUUCUGGGUCGCUUUGCCAAUAUACCCGACAUUAUUGAGCUUGAUCAUUUGACGGUCAGUGGAGACGUGACCUUUGGCCGUGGUGUUUCUUUGAGGGGCACUGUGAUCAUCAUUGCCAAUCAUGGGGAUCGUAUUGAUAUACCCGCUGGGGCUAUCCUAGAGAACAAGAUUGUCUCUGGCAAUAUGCGCAUCCUGGACCAUUAAUAUUUCCCUCCCCUCCCCUCCCUUCCCCCCCCCC